UCAGCCUAGAUUACGCCACUGCUGUCACUAUCUUCGUCUGUUUACUCUAUCUAUCUAUCUCUUAUUCCUCCGCCCCCUUUUUAUCCUCUCUCCUAGUGUUCAUCCUCCUCUUCUACACUUGCUUCAAGUGAGAUUUCAUUCCUCUUUUCUCUCACUCUGUCUAAUUCUAUCGCCUUUUCUUCACCUCUCCUCUUACUAAAUCUGCUUCUAUCUGUUAUUUCUCCCUCACUAUUUCCCCUUCUCUCUCUCCGUCUAUAUGUUUCUAGCUCUGUCUUUCUAUUCUCCUCUUCCUUCCGUCUGCUUGUAUUCACCUCGUUUGCUUUAACUACAACAAUCCGAAUGGAACCUAUGGAUGCCAACAUGAAGAUGUCUUGGCACUUUGGUUGGAGGAAUGGAGAAUACAAGUUCCCAGCAAAUUUUUUGCCCCAUUAAUACAUUAACAAUAGCAAUCCAGCCCUCUGCUAGUAUGCCGAGCAACCCUCAACCCAAUAUGCUGCAGUCGACGCAGACAUACACAACAAUGCGUCAGGCAACAGUACCCACUGAACAGAUUUUUAAUUCUCAAGGCCAGUCUUCUGCUACAAGAACUAAUAGUCGUGCCAGUAAUGGGUUUGAGCUGUCUCGUUUACCAGGAACUUAUGCUAAUGGUAUCAAUGUAGGUUCUGCUGCCAAUUUUACAACUUCAGAUGUUAACCAAAUUGUUACAUCUGGGAAACAGUCAUAUAUAACAACAGGGCUACCAAAUAUCACCAGUCUGAGUGAUCCAAUCCACUUUCUUCCUUCAACAUCUCUAAAUACCUGUGCCCCAGGAUCCUUCAUUGAGAAGAUUGAGCGUUUACCAAGCUUUAGCACAAUUGUUGCCUCAGCAGCUUCCACAAACCCUAUGAUAGGUUUACAGUGCCAGUUCCCCAAUGUUGCUCAAUCUUCAAUUGAACAGCUAACAUCAACAUCCUCUACAUCAUUACCUGUCCAGACCAAUAACACCAAUGCCACCAUGCUGACAACUACCAACAUUCCUGUUUCCAGCACACCAUCACAAGUUGACAGCUUCCAGUCUGUUUCACCUAAUUUUACAAACUACUAUGCUGGCCGUAAUACACAGCAGCAGCAGCAGCAACAGCAGCAGCUACACCAUCAAACUGUGAUUCAGCAUCUUCCUGCUGGAACAUCAAAGGUGAUCACUUCACAGGGGACUGUCACAGAUGGGUCGGUCUCUCAGCUGUCAUGUUCACCUUCUUUAUCAACAAGCCCUGCUCAGUCUCCGAUAUCAAUUUCAUCCCCUUAUCCAAAUAACACUAAAUCUAGAUCCUCUUCUUCUGUUGUCUCUUUGUCUGUUUGCAUGGGUGGUCAGAUGAGCUCAAAUGUUACCAAUGAAGACUGUCUUACAAAGGUAUCUAAAAUAUCUCAUGGUAAGAUAACUAUGGAACAUCCAGAUAAUUCUAACAAGAACAAAGUCUUGAAAGCUGAUAAGCUAGGUGAAAUCUGUGAGCAAAGUAUUUCUAAGUUAAAAUGUAAAUUCUCUCAGCCGUCUUUACAACAGCAGUCUACGCUGUCUUCAAAUGCUGUUCAUCAAAUAUCUGCUGGUAACCUCAAUAAAAUGAUAGAAAAGACAUGCAAACAAACUCAGAAGAUUGCUAUAUCUGACCAGGUUUCAAAACCUUGCACAAGAAACUCAGUUAAAAAUAGUGCAGCCAAAAAAGAAAUUGUCAUUGUUGCUCCAUCUCAGCUGACCAUGGUAGCAAAGCCAGAUGCUGCUCCACUUUAUGUGGAUGCCACUGGCCAAGCACCUGUGAUGGCUAACCAAACUAACAGUAAUGAGAAGUCUAAAGGAGUUCAGUUUUUUGUAAUGGGUGCAUUGGAAGGAAAAGCGACUUGUAUGGAUAACUUUCCAUAUCACGACGCCCCUCCGGAAAUGGAAUCUGCAAUUGCUGAUCUUCCGCUAACGUUUGACCGGCAGCCAACUGUUGAUGGUAUUUUGAUGAAAUCUCAUGCAAUGCCUAUUUCUUUUGAUCUUUUGAGUAAGGAACAUCUUGAGUUUGUGUCAUGUGACAGUGAGAAGGUGAAGCAAGAGCCAGCAGACAAGAGAGUGGAUGAUACUCAGAGCCAGCCUGCAGAUUUUCAGCUUUUACUUCAGCAACAACAACAACAACAACAACAGCAACAACAACAACAACAGCAACAACAACAACAACAACAACAACAACAACAACAACAGCAGCAACAGCAACAGCAACAACAACAACAACAACAACAACAACAACAACAAUUAACUCUGCAGCAAUCUGUACAACAAAUUCAAACUGUGCAACAACCUCAGCAGGUUUCGAUACAACAACCAACACAACAAACACUUCAGCAGUUUCAGUCAUUUACACCAGAACAAUUUCAAGGGGCACAAUUCCGACAAUUACAGCCCCAACAGACUGAUUUUCAACAACUGCAAGCCUCUGGCCAACAGCAGCAACAGCAGCAGCCACAACAACAACAACAACAACAACAACAACAACAACAGGUGGUAGCCCAGCCCCAGCCUCAGUUGCAAUUAAACAUGUUAAUAUUUGCAGAUGCACAAACACAAAUACAACAGCAACAAGAUAAUUUAGCACAGUUUACGCAGCAAGUGCAGCAAGCAUCUCAGCAACUGCAACAGCAGCAACAACAACAGCAACAGCAGCAACAGCAGCCGCAGCCACAAUCUCAUAUAGUACCACAGCAGAUUCAUCAACAGAUUCAACCAUCUCCUGGUCAACCACAGCCUCAAGUUGCUAGUACAGUUGUUACUGUGCAGCAACCCCUUCUCUCCCCUUGUCCCCAAAUUACCCCAACACUCCCCCUUGAAGCAUCAGCUAAUGCCCGUAAAAGCCCUCGUCAGAAACAGGCAAUGAAUUUCAUGGAGUCUGCGGCAAAAGCAGUCGUCACAACCACAGUUGUUGACAGCGCCACCUUUGUGACUGUUUCAAUCCGGAAUAAUCGCAAGGUGCCACUGGCAGCCCAAGCUAAAACUAAUACAACAAAUAGCAACCUUGCGUCUGGAGGUCUGCCAUCCGUGUCUCAAUGGUCAGGAGAGACAACGUCUGCUUCAGUGAAGCGGAAACAUUCUGACUGCAGUGAUAUUGCUGAGUCUGAAGGCAGCGAUGUAGAUAGUGGUGAGGACAAAAGAGAUGAUGGUGGGGACUUAUCCCUUGAGGAUAACCAAGAGUCCAAUUUGUACACGCUUAAACCUCCGUCUGUUCUACCCAACCUUAGCAAUCUUGGCUCCCCAGCACCUCCAGCCACUCCUGCUCCACUAUCAGUGGAAAACAUUGAAACUAAGGACAUCAAAGAAGAAUUAGAUCGGACAGAAGUAGAGAUCCGCAUCGAUGAUUCUCAGUGUGUUCUCCAUGGUGAGCAAAAGCGAUGGCAGUGCUGUCAUUGUCCAAAAUCCUACACUACAAAACAUAACUUGGUGACCCAUAUUCUUGACCAUCAGGGUAUUAAACCCCACUUAUGUAUGAUCUGUCAUAAGUAUUUCAAGCAGUUGAGCCAUCUAAAUACACAUAUGCUGACCCAUGAGAACAUUAAACCUCAUGUAUGUCAAAUAUGUAAGAAAGGUUUCACACAGAUUUCUCAUCUGAAACGGCAUCAAGCUGUGCACUUGGACAGUAAACCUCACUUGUGUGAUAAAUGUAAUCGUGGCUUUGCUUACCCAAGUGAGCUACGAGUGCACAAAGAGAAACAUGAUCUUGGUCGGGACAAAUGUCACGACUGUGGAGAGGACUUUUCUAGUCAGCGACUUCUCCGACAACAUCAGGUGAAGCAUGAGCACCGGGACGACUUAACUUGUAAAAUAUGCACAAAAAUAUUCCGAUAUCCAAGUCAAUUAAAGGAUCAUAUGAUUACUCAUUCUGGUACACGACCUCAUAUUUGCCCUGAAUGUGGAAUGGAUUUCAUGAAGGAGCACCAUUUAAAAGCUCAUCAAUUCACUCAUACUGGCCUACAACCAUUUAUAUGUCCAAUUUGUCGCCGAGCAUUUAAUCAGAAGGCCAAUAUGCAACGGCAUUUACUUAUCCAUAAUGCCGAGAGAGCUUUCCGCUGUUUUACAUGUUCCAAAACGUUCACACAACCACAAACCCUCAAAGCCCACAUGGUUGUCCAUGCUGAUUCAAAACCUUACCGUUGCAAUCUCUGCUCUAAAGAGUUUGGUCGACUCCAUAACCUUCAGGGUCAUAUGCACAUGCAUAAUAACUCCAAGCCGUUCGUAUGUUUCUGUGGGAGUUCCUUUACACUCAAAGGAAAUCUCAAUAGACACAAGAAAGUGAAACAUGGUCUUAAUGAAACUACGGAAAGUAUGGAGGAAGAUGCUGUGAAUUUUCUCACAGAGCGAUGCCGUGACUCUGAAGGUGACAAAGAUUCCAGUGUUGAAAAACUAGGCGACAAAGAUGGAACGUCUGGCGGUCGGAAACAACGGAAAAAUACGAAAAGCAGUCAGAAAAAGCGAACAAAGACUGCUUCGAAAAGUAGGGCACAAAAAAGUGUCUGUGCCAUUACCAAAAAUUGUGGUGUUGUAGAUAAUAGUGAUGUUGCAGGAAAUGAACUGAAGGAUGAUGUUUCCACUGUUGCUUUGGUAACUGUUGAUGACUUAGUACCUACUGUAGCCAGUAUUUCUACUGCUAACUGCAGUAGCAGCAAUAGCAGCAACAGCAACAACAACUGCAGCAACAUCAUCACUGACAACAAUAGCAAUGGUAACAUUACUUGUGGUGUGAAUAUUGUCAGUAACAGUAAUAUUAACAGUAGUAGUAGCAGCAGCAGCAGCAGCAGCAAUAACAGCAACAACUGUGCCGAUAGCAAGAGCUUUCAAGAGGAAGAAAGAGCGAGAAGAGAAGCAGAAGAAGAGGAAGAGGCUGAUGAUGAAGAAGAGGAAGAGGAUGAAGAUAUUGUGGCUGAUGAGGAUGUUGAUGGAGAUGAUGAGGCUGAGGAUGAAGUGGAAGACACGGCUGCUGAAGUGGAGGUGGCGAGAGAGCAGCAGUUGAUAGGUGUAGCCGAAGAGGUCGAUAAUGAUGAAGAGGAGGAAGAGGAGGAGGAGGAGGAAGAGGAGCUGGAGGAAAAUGAUGAUGAUGAAGAAGGAGGCAGGACUGGACAACCGGCCACACGUGGGGCCAGCUUACGGGAAAAUACGCAGAUGGUAAGUGAGACGAAAGAAUGCAAAGCCAAUAGUAUUGUGACUAAGUACUUCCGCAACAAUUCCGACCGGCGCUUGGAGGGCAGCAGCAGCAGCAGCAGCAGACGCCAUGACGAUCUCAGAAGCAAAGUGUCCCUCAUGCAGGACACCUACAUGUUCACAUCGACAGACAGCGAUAGUGAUAGUAGUAGUAACAGCAGCAAUAACACAGGCUUCUCGGAGAGUGAAAAGGAUGACGGUGCAAAAGAUGACCAGACAGAUGCAGAUUGGCUGCCUUCCCGCAGCAAGAGACGCCGUCGUUGCACCAACAGGGGAACAAGUGCAUCGGCAGCGCAAAAGAAGUUUAAAGAAGGUUGAUGUGGAUUUGAGAUUAGGCUGUGCUCAUAAAGUUUUUGGUGAAAUAAAUUACUUCUCCCAUACACCCGGGUUAUUGAAACAAGAAACCUUGGGUGAAUCUGCCUAAGCCAUUUCUUUGUUUUGAACAAUGGAUUCUAGCUUUCUCGCUGCUAGCACAUGAAGAGAAAGCUGGCAUAAAAAGUCACAGAAGCUUUGUCAAGAAAUCUUACUGGUUUAUUUUACUGUUGUUGCUGUAAUUUGUAAUAUACUUUGGUUAAUC